GCUCCUCUCAUUCCUUGCACACAGCGACGCUCGCCGCUUCAUCCUAUAUUCCAACAAGUACUAGUACAGUCUAGAUUACAGGUACAUGUUCGCCAGUAAUCAAAACUUGCCACAGCCUCGUGGACCGCUCCACCAAUGAAGCAACUGGUCAUGAAUAAGAACAGCUAGCUGCCGAGCAUAUCGGGUCUGCUGAUAUACCUGCCGCAGGUAUACGCAAGCUUUGCUAGGCCCCCCGCCGCAGGUCUACGCACAUCCCCCGUGCCGCAACAGUUAUUCUUAUCAACGUUCCAUUCCCAUGCUCUGACUAACAUAUCUUCGAUGUUUAGUGCGGCGAAUCACUUAGAUCGGACCAUGACUGACAUUGAGUUGUUGCGAUGACCGAAUGCAUAUAUUCAGAAUAUAUAUAGGUCCUGAGAAAGAACGCGAAGUCGCGCCUUGGGAAUAUAUAUAAGAGCCUGAGUCUCCCACCAACCUUCCCAACAUUCUCUUCCUCAAUCACAUUCGCGACUCAAAAGUCCAUCACCAUGUCGUCAGAAACUAAGAAGGUCCCUUAUGUCCGUCUGGGCAAAUCUGGUUUGAAAGUAUCCAAGAUCAUAUUGGGCUGCAUGUCCUACGGCUCCUCUGAGUGGGCUGAUUGGGUCAUUGAAGACGAGCAAGAGGUCUUCAAACACAUUAAGUUUGCAUACGACCACGGAAUCCAGACUUUCGAUACCGCGAAUGUAUACUCAAAUGGACAAUCUGAGGUUCUCCUAGGCAAGGCUAUCAAAGAACUCAAACUUCCUCGGGACGAGCUCGUGAUUAUGACCAAGGUUUUCUUCCCCGUAGGCAAUGCCAAAAGAAACACCUUCGGCUUGAACCCUGACGAAAUUGGACUGGUCAACCAACACGGCUUGAGCCGCAAGCAUAUCUUUGACUCCGUCAAACACAGUUUGGAACGCCUUCAGCUUGACUAUAUUGACGUUCUUCAAUGCCAUAGGUUCGACCCGAACACACCAAUCGAAGAGACCAUGCAAGCUCUUCACGAUGUCGUUCAGGCUGGAUGGGUUCGGUACAUUGGAAUGAGUUCUUGCUACGCCUAUCAAUUCCAUGCUAUGCAAAACUACGCCAUCUCUCACAAUCUCACACCUUUCAUAUCCAUGCAGAACCACUAUAACCUGGCUUAUCGUGAAGAGGAACGUGAGAUGUUCCCCACUCUGAAGAUGUUCGGCGUUGGCUCAAUUCCCUGGUCUCCGCUCGCUCGCGGGUUCCUCACUCGCCCCCUCAGUGUCUCAACCAAACGAUCCGAAAGCGACGUGUGGUUCAACCUGUACAAGAGUAGCCCCGGAGGCGAGGGUGUCGUGAACAGUGUCGAGGAAUUAUCCAAGAAAAAGGGUGUCAGUAUGGCGCAGAUUGCUACUGCCUGGGUUUUGGCCAAAGACGGGGUGACCGCUCCGAUUGUAGGGACCACCAGCUUGAAGAACUUGGAGGAUCUCAUCGGUGCUGUCCAUAUUACACUUUCAGAGGACGAGAUCAAGUUCUUGGAGGAAGCAUACAAGCCUUCUCCUGUCCUGGGCCACUAAAUUGACUUGUAUGGGCGAAGGACCUGAAAUCUGGUUGAGCAUGAGUGCAAUACGCCUAGGGAUGGAACAGCAUGAUAACAAUGUACAAUUUGUGAUUGAUAAGUGUACGAUAACUUGCGUUCUAGGUUGUCUAAAGAUACAGACGAAUUGUAUGGCCUAACACUACCGCGCCUCAUGAAGGCAAGUAUAGAGGAACAAUGUCUCUGAAAUUAAUAAUACCAUCAACAUCGA